AUGGGCAACGGCUCUGCGGCCGUCCUCGAGCCGACGUACACGGGCUACGUCGCCUCGACUCACGACGCCCUCAUCCUCUUCGAAGCCUGCCUCACGGGCGUCCUCCACCACGUCCCCCGCCGCCCGCACGACCGCGAGCGCGCUCAGCUCGUCCGCUCGGGAUCAGUCUUCAUCUACGAGGAGAACGCCUCGGGCAUCAAGCGCUGGACGGACGGCGUCACCUGGAGCCCCUCGCGCAUCCUGGGCAACUUCCUCGUCUACCGCGAGCUCGACAAACCUUUUCCUCCCGGCGAGAAGAAGCGCGCCGUCAAGAAGGGCAGCAGGCGGCCGACCCAGUCUGCCAGGGCCGGCGAGCCAUACCCGCGUCUGCAGGACAAUGGAACCCCCGUCAACGGCAGUGUUGGCUCCGUCGCCAGCGUGACGGGCUCUGCCUACUCCCCCGGCGCUCCCUCGCCCGUCGCCGGCGCUGGGCCUGGAGGCGCUGGUGCUGGCGGGCCUGUCUCUGGCAACGGGACGGGCUUUGCCCCCGAGCGUGGCCAGCAGUCGGAGCUCGAACGCGCCCUCGUCGGCUCCCUCGUCGACUCCUACGGCUUCAAGGACUCCGGCCUCGUCAAGAAGACCAUGAGCGUCACCGUCUCCGGCGUCACCCACCAUCUCGUCUCCUACUACAGCGUCGACGAUGUCAUGCGCGGCGUCCUCAGCCCCCCCAGCAUGGUCGAGUCCCUCAGGUAUAUCCGCCCUCGCCAGGAACUCACCACAAAGCAGAGCUUCCGUGCCCCCAUCGAGGACCCGGACCAGCCCAGCCUCGACGACGGCGACCCUUCCCAGUCCCUCUACGCAUACCGUCCCAAUCCUGCUACCGCCGCCGCCAUGGUGCCCCAGUACGGCAUGCCCCAGAGCACAGGCUACUACGCCAUGCCGCAACCCUACUCCUCUCACCACCACCAACAGCAGCAGCAGCAACAACAACACCAACACCCUCAUCAUCAGCAGCAGCAGCAUCCCUCACAGCAGCCGCAGCAGCACCACCCGCAACAGUCUGCGCAUCACCAGCACCCUCACCACCAGCCUCCUCCUCCACACCAGCAACAUCCUUCCCAGCAGCCCCCACCGCCGUCCGUGCCCGGCUACGGGGUCGCGCCACCACAGCAGAACCCUUAUCUGCAGCAGAGUCCCGCUGCCGCAACCUCAGAUCUGCCCCCCAAGUCGGAGGAAUACGCUUCCUACCGUGGACCCUCAGCUGCCGCCGCCUACCAGAAUGCCGCUGCCGCCGCCGCUGCUGCUGCCUAUCCUCCCUCCUCGGCCGCUGCCUCGGCCGCUCCUCACAUCUACCGCACUCCAAGCAUACCAACGAGGCCGGGACCCUCAGACAUGCCGCCUACCUCUCUCGACCCGGCCGGAUCUCCCAGCGCGGCCACAACUUACUCGCGCGCCAGCUUUAGCCUGCCCGGUUCCAUAGACUCAAAGCCUCAGACCUCCCCUCCACAGCAGCAGGCCCCCAAUCCUCAGCAGCAACAGUCCCAGCAGCAGCAGCAGCAGCAGCAGCAGCAACCACUCGACAGGUCACCAUAUGCAUCCUCUUCCGCCAGACGCGAAUCAGGGUACUACGACCAAGCUCAGGCGCAGGCGCAGGCUCAAGCUCAGGCCGCUCAUCAGCGUCGAGCUUCCAUCCAGGCUCCUCCACAGCAGCAGCAACCCCCUCAACCUCCACAGCAACCCUCCCAGCCAUACUACUCGGGGACUGCCGCCACCGGCCAGACCUCCUACCAGGGGCCUCCUCCCAUGUCCACCUGGGGAGCCACACACGGACAGGCCAUAUAA